CGCAAUCAACUUUAGAUUUUUUAUUUACUGGUUAGAGCUUGUUCUGAUAACAACUAUUGAAACUGACCGAUCGUCAUCUAUUAAACUAUUUGUUAUUAUUAUUUUAAUAUCUUAUAAUUAAGCUCAAUAAUAAUUCACAAUGACGUUCCUAGUACCGAUACUAGUAUGUGUGGCGUGUGUGUUGUUCUCUUACUAUCUGUGGAAGAAGAGUUGUCCUGACACGGACAACGAACCCCCAAAGUGUCCUGGAGGCCUGCCUUUAUUGGGACAUGCUCUUAAAUUCGUGGGAGACAGCAGCUGUCUGUGGCGUGUCAUAAAUGAUUUUGGCAACAAGAGUUAUGCUAGAGGCGGGGUAAUUUCAGCUUCAAUUGGGCCUAGGACUAUUUAUGCUGUGACGGAUCCUGAUGAUGUCUUCGCGAUAACCAACGCCACUUUAGAGAAGGACGGCAUCUAUGACUUUGGAAAACCAUGGAUCGGGGACGGACUUAUUACAGCCAAACCGACAAGUUGGAAGAAUCAAAGAAAGCUGCUGAAUCCGGCCUUCAGUCAGACUGUGAUGGACAGUUUCCUGGGCGUAUUUAACAAACAGGCACGGAAACUGGUAAAGGACUUGGAGACAGAAGUAGGGAAGGGCCCUUUCGACCACUGGACGUAUACCAAGCAUAAUACUCUUGAGACCACAUGCUUGUCAGCCCUUGGCGUGGACUUUACAGACGAUACGAUCCUCAACAGCCAGUACGUGACAGCGGCAGAGGAAAUGUUCGGCACUAUAGUGGACCGCUUCCGGAAGUUCUGGCUGCACAGCGAUUACACCUUCAGAUGGAGCAACUUGAAGAAGAAGCAGGACGCUUGUUUGAAGAUACUGCACAAUAUGUCUGAUACUGUGCUCAAAAUAAGAAAAACUGAAUUCAACAGCAACAAAACACUCCCUGAAAGAACAACUGGAAAUACUUCAGGCAAAAAAUUCAAAGCCCUCAUGGAUCUACUCCUUGAGUUAUCGGUGGAGAAAGGAGUGAUGAAUGACAAAGAGAUAAGAGAACACGUGGACACAAUGAUCGUGGGCGGCUACGACACGACCGCCGCCGUGUUAAUGUACACACUUCUAUUGCUGGGAUCCCACCCUGAGGCGCAGGAGAAGGUCUACCAGGAAUUGAAGGAGGUGUUUGGUGACUCAGAUCGUGACGUGGAGAAACACGAUCUUUCCCAACUGGUGUACUUGGAGGCAGUCCUUAAGGAGAGCAUGAGACUAUACCCGAUUGUGCCAGUGAUGGCCAGGCGGCUGGACAAAAAUCUGAAAUUAAAAAACUACACGCUAGCAGCUGGUCGUUCUUGCUUCUUGUUUCUGUUCAAAAUUCUUAAGCACCCCAUGUGGGGGGCUGACGUGGAACAGUUCAAUCCUGAUCGGUGGCUGGACCCGGCCACGCUGCCAGAAAACUCAAACACGUUUGCUGCCUUUGGCCUAGGAAGAAGGAAUUGUAUAGGCAAAACCUACGCGUACAUGUCGAUGAAAACAACCCUGGCUCAUGUCCUCCGAAAAUACCGCUUCAAGGGUGACCACACACAACUGGAACUCAAAUUGGACGUGAUGCUGAAGCCAGCGUCAGGUUAUUACGUCAGUAUUGAGAAAUGGCAUUAGAACUAGUCUUUUAUUACUUUUAUACUCAUUUAGGGCGAUUAAAAUGUAAAUUAUGUAUUUUGAAGCGACGCGUUAUACAUGUUAAUUUCAGCUGCUCUGAUACUUUUGUGCUUGGAACAUUUAGCUUAAUAGUGGUUUAUAGUUUCUUAAGCAGUGGUUAAUAAUCUGUUAUUGUUUCACUUUAAGUUUUCCGAACAAAAUAAAAUAGUCAGAAUGUGUCGCUAUGUAUAGUAUGCCUUUACCCUCAAAAUCGGAACAUAAGUAUUUAGUUUUUUUUUUUUCCUAGAAACAACAGUUAAAUAACUUUGGUGAAGCUUUUCCACAGUUGAUGUGAUUCUUAGCUGAAAACCAAUAUUAUUUAAUUCUAGUUUUUCUGAUGGUUGGUUUCAAGUGAAGGUUGUUGUAUUUAGUAGCUAUAGAUGAUAAAAAGAUUAUAAAUCUUAACAUUAUGUAAAUGAAUAAACGUUGAUAAAUCUGCA